AUGUUUGAACAUUUUUUUUUUAAACCCAAAGAAGAAGAUCCUCCUAAAGCAGAAAGUUUUUUUUUUUAACCCACAGCUAAUUCAACAGUUACUGAGACGAAUUUUUUUUUUUUAAAUCCUAAAGGGAGUCAGGGCGGAAAUGACACCAGUUUUUUUUUUAACAGUAUCCCAGGACCGAACACUGGGAACAACCCUUUUUUUUUUUAUGGGAUUGUCCCACUCCCUGCAGUCAACACUUCAGGCCAGGGAGGGCCAGGAAGUCAAAUCCCAUGGAGACCAAGUCAGCCUUUUUUUUUUGAAAAUCAUCCAAAUCCUAAUAUAAGAAAUUUUCCUUUUUUUUUUUGGUGGUAUCCCACUGGUACUGCCAUGGGGCACAGACAGAAUGGGCCUUUUUACAGAAAUCGACAAGUUCAAAGGGGUCCUCAUUUUUUUUUUUUCGCUUGGGAAGGUAAACAAGUAGUUCGUCCAGGAUUUUUUUUUUAUCACAAAGUUUACCUUUCUACUUCAAGAGGCAAUUUUUUUUUUUUUGCAGGAAAUCCAGCAAAUCUCAGAAGAAAGCCUCAGGGGCCAAAUAAACACCCUAUGGGAACUAAUGUUGCCCCAGUUGGUUUUUUUUUUUGCCCUGUUGUUCACAAUGAAAAAAUCCAAAAUCCAAGGGAGAAGCACCUGGGUCCAAAAGAACAAAUAAUAGUUCCUACAAAUUUUUUUUUUAGCCCCGGGAGAAACUCUCAACAGUAUGAAGUUAAUUUUUUUUUUUAUAAACUGCCUCACUCUGAGGGUUAUACACCAGUCCCAAAUUUUAAUUCUGUUGAUCAACAUGAAAACUCCUAUUACCCAAGUUUUUUUUUUAGAAAAGUACCAAAUUCUGAUGGACAAACCCAAAGCUUUUUUUUUUCCAAAGGGAUGGUUUUAGCGCCAAGAAGGAUCCCAUUUUUUUUUUUAACUAAUCAGCCAGAAUUAAAGCACAGCGCAUAUCAUUUUUUUUUUCACCCUGAGGAAAUCCCUUCUGCAAAAGAACAUUUUUUUUUUUUUUGAAAUACUUGGGACCACCAAGAAAUCUCUCCACCUUUUAAGGAACAUCCUGGGAGGCAAGAAGAACAUUUACCCCAUCCUUCUUUUUUUUUUAGAGGAAGGGUUUUCUACCCUGAAUAUAACCCCUAUUUUUUUUUUUAAAACUCACCAUACCGUAGAAGCAUCUCUUCCUUUUUGUAUCCACUCUCUAAAUCGUACCCUAAUUUUUUAUUGACCCAGCUUAACCAUCAUUAUAGAUUUUUUUUUUGAAAUGGUAGACACUGA